AUGUCCUGGCAUCGGCCUGGAUGCACGCUUCGUGCCUUAAAGUCUUCACAAUGCCUUCACCAGAUUGAGCGGACACUCACCCGAGUACGAAUAACGCAGAAUAUCCCGCAUUCUCCUUGCCGCACCUCCUUACACACCUUUCAACAGAGGCAUCUUUCAAUAUUUCCUCCCCGAUUCUCUGAAAAUUCAGCCCCGCCCAUCGACUUCAACAACCAGAACGCGAUACCCGCACGCAUAGUUCCAGACUCGCCGGCAUAUUUCUCAGGAAUACCUAAAUAUAUUAACAAUCUGCUACUUUUGGAACGUAUUUGUGCGAAGUAUGCGCACCUCCCACUUGUCGAUCCAGCCGAAGCUCCGCGUUCAUUGUUCCUUUCUCCAAAAGAAUUACGCGCCAGCCUCAAAGAAGAUGUUUCCGAGUCAAAUCACACAGCUCUUGUUAACGUUUUGAAGAGACUCAAUAAAAUAAAUCCCAAAUUAAUGCCUGAAGAAGUUAAAUCGGCGAUGAAAAUAUUCGCGAAGCCCGCCCCACCCUCCCAUGUUAAAGCAGCCCUUCCGACAGUGGAUGAGCGUGGACGUGCCCGUGGGGUCGGUGGCCGCAAAACGUCCACCGCAACGGCCUGGUUAGUCGAAGGAGAUGGCGAGAUCAUUGUCAACGGGAAGAGUAUAGUACACGUGUUUCCACGCAUUCACGACCGAGAGAGUGCUCUUUGGUCAUUAAGAAUCACAAAUAGGAUAGGUAAAUACAACGUAUUUGCUGUGGUUCGUGGUGGUGGAGUAACUGGUCAAGCCGAAGCUAUGACUGUGGCUGUUUCAAGAGCACUUCUUACUCACGAGCCGGAACUGAGUUACUUUCUUAAACCAGCUGGAACUUCCACAAUCGACUCGAGGCAAGUUGAAAGAAAGAAACCUGGUCGCGUUAAGGCUAGAAAGAGGCCUGCUUGGGUCAAAAGAUAA